GUAGCCGACGUAACGGCCGCGCGUCUACGAGGGAGCUACGAAAUUGUUUAGACCGAUCAAUUGGACACUAUAGAGCUUAUUAUUAUUUCAAAAGUGCUGUAUUUUCAUGAACUGUGUGUUGAAUAAAAUGGUCUCGGAUAUGUUUCUUGUGCCCUUGGACAUUUAUUUUUAGAAGUUUCUACGAAUGAAGAUGCGUAGAGUUCCAGUUCAAGGCACUUCUCGGAGGUUACGCAAUCUGAAUCAUUUUAGAUAAAUGGGCAAAUGUAAAAUACCAUGAUGGAUCGAAAGUUCACACAUGUGUUGAUGGCGGCACUAGCCGUGCAUGUAAUUAGUGCUAGUGUGAUGUGCCCCAGUCACCCUAACUGCGUUUGCGGCGGCACGCUCGCAAUUGAACUGAAUUGUAACAUCGAUGGGCGUAUUGUAAAAAUAAACUUACUACCAAGUACGUACAUCAACAUAAAAUGCGAAAACACCACAACUCUAGAUUACAGCCAGCUACCAAAAUGUGCCAACGGAACAAAUUCUUUCAAGUCAGUCAGUUUCAAAGACUGUCCAUUACCAAACAGUUCAUUCAAUGAUAUUUUAAUGCAUAUUGGAGUCCCUAAGACAAUGUCUUUGAUAUUUCAAAAUGCAAAAGAGCUAUCUGGAUAUUUCGAUAGAAAGCAUUUUGCAGGAUUAAAAGAUUUGACCAAGCUGCUUCUAUCAGUGAACGGAAUAAAACACUUACCGGACAACUUAUUUGUGGACGUUCAAAACUUGACAUGGCUUAACAUACGAUGUAACAAUAUCAAACUGUCUGAAGAGUUAUUCAAGCCCCUAGAAAGGUUGGAGACCUUGGAAAUAAGUCAUAACCACAUGACGAAUAUGUCCUCGAAUCUCUUUUCUCAUUUAACGUUAUUGAGAAAAUUAUCCUUAUGGCAAAGUAAUGUGACAAAGUUUUCAAAAGAUUUCUUCACUGGCGUAGACGUUCUCGAAGAAUUGGAUCUGAGUUCUAAUGGACUUAAUGAACUUCCAACAUCAAUUUUUAAGCCAUUAAGAAAAUUAAAGAAACUUACGUUAUUUUCCAACAAGUUUUCAACAUUACCAGAGAAUCUCUUUUCAAACAAUAAAAAGUUGGAAACUGUAAUAGUUCUCAAUAAUGAUGUAAAAAUGAAAGAAUUGCCGAGAAGUCUAUUUGGAAAUUUACCAAACUUAAAUCAGGUAUACAUUCAGAGAAGUGGAAUAGAAGUUGUGCCAUAUGACAUUUUCACUAACUCGUCUCUGUUAAAAAACAUAUCGUUCGCAUUUAAUGAUAUAGAAAUAAUACCAGAGUCAACUUUUAAUGAUCAAAUUAACUUGUUGGAAUUGGAUUUGAGUCAUAAUAACUUGAAAAGCUUACAUUCUAAAUUGUUCUCAUCAUUAGUACGCUUGGAGAAAUUGAAUUUAUGUUAUAAUUCCAUUGAAGAAGUUUCUGGUUCUACGUUUUCUUCGCUCUUAAGUCUCAUAUAUUUAAACAUGGAGCAUAACCAUAUAAAAACAAUAUCCUCGUAUUUAUUCAGCAAUAAUAGACAGAGGAUGUCAAUCUCUUUUGCUUACAACGAGCUUGACGAUCUGCAUAUGAAAUUGGAAUAUAGAUUCAAAUUUGGAACUAAACUAAUAAGUGUAAUUAAUCGUGAUUCACCUUUUGCUCACACGUCUCUAAGAUUACUCAAUUUAAGUCACAAUAAGUUCCAAGUAGCUUUUGAUGAUUGGUGGUUUAAUGGCCAUGAAAUAUUGGAUAUCAGCAACAACUAUAUACAAUUUCUAUCGGAUAAAGGAUUUGACAUACUUGAUAAACAAUGUACAUCAAAGUACAAAAAGCGCAUAAGCCCACUAUUAAAAGAGAUAUGGAUCACAGAAAAUCCUUUAAAAUGUAUGUGCACGAAUUUUCAAUUCAUCAACUAUGUAAAGGAUGUUCUCAAAACAAAGGUUGUUGAUGAUACUCUUACGCAUUGCUCUACUUGGACGAAAGAAGUUUGUCGCGAAUCGUGGGCUUUCACUUUCACGAUAACUCUUGCGACGUCGCUAACUUCUUUUUUUAUGAUUGUGUUAUUCUAUUGUGUGUACAAGGAGCAAAUACAUCUGUAUAUAAAAAAAAAACUUCAAUACUUUUUUCAUCAAGAAACUGCAGUCUCGGAAGAAGAUAAGAACAUUAUAGUAAAAUAUACUGAUAUGGACGAAGAGUUUGUCUUAAAAGAAAUAUUACCAGAAUUGAAAGAGCAUAAAAAUUACAAUGUACAAAUAAGAUGCAUAAAUAAUGCGAAUAAUAAAGAUCAUUUAGCCAAACAGUUUAGGACUGGCACAAAGGAAUCAAAUGUCGUCUUGAUUAUAUUCUCUCCAAAUUAUCUAACAUCAAUGUAUAGUCACGUGAAUAUAAAGAAAAUCCGAGGCGAAAUGUUGAAGAGCAAGAAUACUGUUUACGUAUUUACUGAUAUUGGCUCGGAGAACUCGAUAUACGCUUUUCUGAAGGAGCAGCGAGAUCGGCGAUCAACUAUUUUGUGGAGCGACCCAAAUUUCUGGAGUGUGUUAAUCUACAUGUUGUCAAAUAGCACGUACAAGAAGAAAGUCAGAAUUGCCACUGAACAUGUGAAAUGUUCAAAAAUCGAUAAAAAUGAAUGGAUGGCAACCGAUCCAUUUGUAACCACAACUUCUGACAGCCCGGAAAUUUAUACGUCUCGAACAGUUGCUGACAGUCCAGUUUAAUGAAUUCUAAAUGUAUUUUAGUGAGGUAAAGACUGAACUCUUCGCUACAAACACUAUGACUCUCACAUUUCGUAGUUUCAGAUCACCAAUAUAGUUUUGUUGUAAUAUAGGUAAAACUUGUAAAUAAUCGUGUUUAACUGUAAGGUAUUGUAAAAUGUACUAUGUAAAAUUUUUACAAAAAAAGAUUUAGUGUGUUUAAAUUUAUGUAAAUCCUUUAGUUAUUGUAAUCUUUUAAAUUAUAAUACAUAGUAGAUUCCGGUCUCCGUGUCUCUUGUACUGUGGCUACAUCUUCAGCGUUAUCCGAUAUCAAAGAAGUGUUGCCAUUGCUAUGUAAUCGUUAUAUUAAUAAUCAUUAAUUUAUAUUACAUGUAAAUAUAUUAUAAGAAUGUAUUACUUAAACCCAUCUAAGUUUCAAGGAAACUGCAUAUUGUUAAUGAGUUAUAAGCUACAGCUUCAAUAAAACAUAUACUUUACCAAAUA